AUGUCUUGUCUAGUGCCUCUUCCAGCGGAAUUGCAAAAAAUUGCCAAUAUAGAAUUGGGAGAAGUACCUUCUAGAAUCCCCGCAGAUUUGCUAGCCCUCAAGGAAUGGAUAAAAAAGCAACCCCAUCUCAGGUCACGCACAGAUGACCAAUUUCUCAUACAAUUUCUGAGAGGCUGCAAAUACAGUGUGGAAAAGGCUAAGGAAAAGAUUGAUAAUUAUUAUCGCCUUAAAACAAAACAUCCCGAUCUAUUUUUUAUCGCCAACAUUGAUGAUGACACUUUUCGCAGAUUUCACAACACAAAUUCACAUGCUGUCCUGCCCAUUCCGCUUCGAGAAAGUGGUCCACGUAUACUUUUCAAUCGAUACUCCUAUAGUCCCUAUGAAUUUUCCAUCGUCGAUAGUUUACGUAAUGGCAGUGCGGUCAAUGAAAUUUUACACAUGAGUGAUCCAUAUGCCUGCAUCAGUGGCGUCAUGUAUGUCUUCGAUUUUGCCGACGCCAAAACACCACAUCUGACGGCCCUUACACCAAGCAUUAUCAUACAGAUGAUUAAAUUCUUUGAAAACACUUCACCGAUGCGUCUAAAGGGUCUAUGCAUUUUCAAUCUAUCAUCGUACGCACAUACAAUUACUAAUAUGUUGCUGCAAUAUGCUCCGAUGAAACUUAAAUCAAGGAGAACGACAGCUGAAAACAAUUGUGUGAUUACUAUGUUCAUGCCCUGCGCUAAUGAAAACUUAGAACCCUGGUCAUCCGUUCCUUCAAAGUCCUGUCGAGACAAAAGUGUCAUUCUAUGUCAACCCAUUGGCUCUAGCACAAACUACCAAACGCUUAUAGGAUAA